CUCAGCAGCGUCACCAUGUCCCGGCCCAGCAGCAAAGCCAUCUACAUGCACCGGAAAGAGUACUUGCACAGCCUGGCCUCAGAGCCCGCCUGCCCGCAGCACCGGGUGGAGCACCUGAUGACGUGUAAGCUGGGCACGCAGGGCGUCCGGGAGCCCAAGGACGCCGUGCAGCGGCUGCAGGAGCUGGACGCCCAGGGCCGGGUGUGGAGCCAGAACCUGCUGCUGCAGGUCAGAGACGGCUGGCUCCAGCUGCUGGACAUCGAGACCAAGGAGGAGCUGGACUCCUACCGCCUGGACAGCAUCCAGGCCAUGGACGCAGUGCUCAACUCCUGCUCCUACAACUCCAUCCUGUCCAUCACCGUGCGGGGGGCGGGCCCGCCGGGCGGCAGCACUCUGCUCUUCCAGUGCCCGGAAGUGGGGGCAGAGCGGCUGAGGACCAGCCUGCAGAAGGCCCUGAAGGAGGAGCUGGAGCUCAGACCCCGAUUUGGAGUCCCUCACCCCGGCCAGGACAGAUGGAGGGGGGCUCCUCUGGAAAGGCCACUCCCUAGGGAGCAGGCAGCCCCCCUGGAGUGUGGGCCCCCUCCAGAACAGCCCCCCUGGAUGGCCCCAGAGCACAGUGUGCCACCAUCCCCGCGGCCCCUGUCACGACACUCCAGUGCUCGAGAACCAAGCGCCUUCGCUCUGCCUCCUCCAAGGCGCCCCCCGACCCCCGAGGACCCAGUGAGGGACGAGGAGGUGCUGAACCACAUCCUGAGGGACAUCGAGGUGUUCGUGCAACCGCUGAUGAAGGCCCAGGUCAACGCCAGUGCGAAGAAGACGAAGAAACAGGGGAAGAAAAAGAACACGGGUCCGGGGGGGAGGACACCGGCGCAGUACUUCGAUUGCUUCCAGAAGUUCAAGUACAGCUUCAACCUCCUGGGGAGGCUGGCCAUCCAUCUGCAGAAUCCCAGUGCCGCCGAGCUGCUGCACAUGCUCUUCCGGACUCUGCACUUGGUCCUGACGCAGUGCCCUGAGCGUGACCUCGCAGGCCAAGUGAUCUCACCCCUCCUCACCCCCGAAGCCGUCGACAUGCUCAAGUUCUACCUAAGCCCGCCUGACAGUAACCUCUGGAAGAGCCUGGGCCCGGCCUGGACCACCAGCCGGGACAACUGGACAGGCCAUGAGGUCCCGCCCUACCAACCUAUGUUCUAUGAUGGCUGGCAGCCUCCAGAACCUUCCAACCAGGCACCCCCAGGAUACCAGGACUCCGCUUCCCUCCGGCCAGUGCAGCCAGCCCUGAGAAUGCAGGUCUUAUUCGAGUUUGAAGCUAGGAACCCAAAGGAGCUGACAGUGGCCCCGGGAGAGGUGGUGGAGGUUCUGGACCACAGCAAGCGGUGGUGGCUGGUGAAGGACCAGACGGGAGACAGCGGCUACGUUCCCAGCAACAUCCUGGAGCCCCUGCAGUCCGGGCCGUCCGGGAGGCAGAGCCCGGCCCUUCGGGCCCCGAUGCUGCGACUGAGCUCCAGGCCCGAGGAGGUCAGAGCCUGGCUGCAGGCAGAGAACUUCACCCCUGGCACCGUGAAGGCCCUCGGGGCCCUGACGGGGUCGCAGCUGCUGCACCUGAGCCCGGGGGAGCUCCAGGUGGUGUGUCCUCAGGAUGCCCCCCGGGUCGUGGCCCGGCUGGAAGCCAGCAGAAGGACGCUGGGGAUAAGCCCUUAGGCACCAGCUCGGAUGUCUCCAAGAUCAAGGCCUUCUCACAGCCAGACGGAGGAUCCGAUUCUCUUUAGAGCCCCGAGCAGUCCUCUUGCAGGCCCCCAGAUUGCAGCGAACCCCGCACCCAGCUCACACAGCAAAGAGGACGAGCAAGCCCAGAGGUUGGGCAGAUGGUGCCCUCUCACUGCAUGGGGAGCCCUCUCUGGCGACCAUCUAUUUAUUGUGUCUGUCCUAGACCCGGAGCACGCAUGCCUAGCUUUGUCAAGAUGCCGCCGAGUCCUCUCCUCCCCAAUAAAAGCACCUCCAAGCCUGG